CCUCCUGUCACGCAGCUAUGACCACGGCAGCACGACCUGGCAACAGAUAUCGGCCUCCGGAACCACAGGAUUUGGUGGACAGCACGUCACCCGUAUACCCGUACGAAAGAACAGCACUUCGCGGCAUGGGUCGCCGACUGGACAUCUUUGGCCAUCCAAGACAUGCAUUGUAGUGUCAAUGGCGACAUGGAAGGAGCUUGGAGAGGUUCCCGAUUCGGACGACGAAGAUGCCCUCGAUGCCGAAGACUCGCAAAGAUCGUUGCCGACUGCGAUCCUCGAUCCUCCGAACGAUGCAACCCGGACCAUAGACGAGCAUGUAGCUCAUGACAGCGAUGACAACGACGAUAUCUGGAGGGUCCCUACCUCAUUAUCGCAGGAGAGAAGUGGCUUCGAGAAGUCCGUGCCGAUCGAGAAACGCCGAGCCGCCUCUCCUACCCACCUGGCUCCGGUCGAGAUUCCAUCAUCACCUCUCUCUGAGCUGCCCGGCGAAGAGUUUGAUGAACUCGUCAGAGAUCACGAGUCAAGUAUCGUCCAGACGAACGAUAAACCUGGUGGCCAUGAGCAGUCUACAUCACAGCCCCUUAUUCGGGGUGAGUCUUUGAGCACUCCGCUCGAUGCGGAGGGCUUUCAAGAUUUUGAGUACUCCACACAGGCUUUUGGAUAUGGAACGCGAUCUUUGCGUCCGCGGAAACCAAUUCAAGAACAUCCUUAUUUGCUAGAGAACGCACAAUACAGCAAGCUCUUCAAAUCUCAUGGCAUGCGCCCCAUGAGGAUAGUCCUGGAGGAACAGCAUGUUCAGCCCGAGGAAAAGGAUUCCCAGGAACAAGACUAUGAGGAUGAAAGCCAGCAAAGUGGACGAAAUGACAGCUCGACCCGACUUGACGAAAGCCAGCCAACAGAUCUGUACGAUAUCUUUGCGGACGGAGACGAUCUGGAUCUUUCACCGUUGGAAGACAACUCCAUGUCUUCGGACAAAGCAACUCCAACAAGGCAUGCCUCGAACGGUGUUAUAGCUGAAGCUGAUGACGACGAUGACGACUUGCCUGAUGCUGCCGACAUCGGAAAGUGGAAACCACGAAAGCGAGCCAAACUCAAUACUCAAUCCACUCCACAGAGUGUUGCAAAAAGAGCGAGGUUGAAACUGCCAGGAAGUUUGAAAAUGCCGAGAGCCAAGUCGUCUUCAAUGCACCCAAUUGGCGUUUUCGAUGUACCGCCCUCGCCACCCGAUACUAGCCCUGGCUUGCAGUCCACUACACCCCGUGCGAGGCUCGGCCUGGCAAGACGGACCCAAACCCUGACUCCGCGUGCAAGCAGCACUAUUGACUCGUCACGGCCUCAGAGUCCCGCUCCGGGCAGGCUUAGCAACUUCGUUAUUGAUCUCAGCGGGUACACGACAAAUAGCGCACGUUCCGAUGGUGAGGUUGAAGGUGGCACCUCGGCGUCUGGCAGUGAUUCAGAACCGCAUGCUGAUGUCGUGGAGACAGUUGGGAAGCGGAUACGUGGCGUACUGCCUGCUUCCUGGCUCCGCCUUGAUCAGAAGCGAGCCAAGCCAAGCCCUCACCGGAGGAUGCCUCUACAGCGGAGUCCAGGCAAGUCACCGAGGAAAGGGGUGGCGCAGCGUCGUGUUGUUUCUGGAACAGGCGCAGCGAACCCAGAGAUAUUUUUCGAUGAUUCUGACGAAUCCCACGACGAAACGACUUCACGAUUUAAUGACAACAUUUCGGAACAGCGCCCUGAAAUCGCGGACGAUGGUGCACCUGUCUUCGAGGACGACGCAGGAUCGGUGGUGGAAGAUGACCAAAUCGACCUGAUUCUGCCAGGGAGCAAGGGUUGGAGCCUGGCUGAGCAUGAUAUUACGUCCGAGAAGAAGACUCGGAAAACUUUAAGCUCCGUUCGCGGCGAAUCUGGUCGGAACAUGAAGCAGACAAAAAUCUCCGGCCACGUCACCAGCAGGAAGCAGAAGAAGGGCAGCUCAUUGGAAGCCAGGCCUGGUAGAGCAACAAGUACUCGCCAGCACAGGAAGAAGCAUGAGUCGGGACAGGCAAAGGCUAAAACCAAGACGGCACGUUCUACACCGCGAUUAAGUGUCUUGGACGUGAUCGAACCUGAUGCUCCAUCAUUCCUUCGCAUAGCAGCCAGGACAGCCAGGAGGCGAGUGGACAAAGGGAGGGCCAGCCCGUCGCAGAAGAUAAUCAACUUGGGCGUUCGAAAGGACAACAUCGAUGCAGUAAAGGCUCUGGUAGCUUGGCGCAGCGGCUCCAUCCGCCCUCGAGCUUCAGUCACUUCUCUUGCUACGAAGCGGACUGGGUCACCCAUACCACUACAGCCCAUGUCCGACAAUAUCAUGCAGCCCAUGAGCGAAGACUAUGAUGCACGCCAACGACAGGAUCUCUUAGCUGCCCAGUUCUCAGGGCCGCGUCGUCAAAUUCACCUCGCACGGAUGGCAGAGUCCUUGCAAGAGUCUGGGCAAAACAGUGGAGGUGUUCAGAAAAUGCGAGCUCAACAGUCAUUCGGAAAAAGCACAGCUGUGGAGAAGCACGCGAAAGCACACGUUCGGCCAGCAAUGCUUGAGACACCUAGUGGCAGCACGGGACACAGAGCAUUCCAUUCUACCAAGAGGGCACUUGACGCCGUCUUCCGCAGAACUCACAAGGGCACCCCAAGCUUGGUCUCAACGCUUGAGACAAAACUGGACAGAGCAGGCAACACGAGCCAAUCGACUCUUGAGUUGCAUGCCCCUAUGGAAGCCUCACCAACACGUCCCGAAAGACCCAUACAAAGACGCAGGAAGCAAGCACAGCCAACGUGGGUAGAUACUGCCGCGCCUAAGUAUUUGCGCGCCAGCGACCCCGUCUUGGUCGACUCCGAUCUAGACACAACGCCCAUACAACGGGAAAUUGAGUCUGGCUCAAGUGGCAAGCUGCUGGGCCUUGGCGCCUUUGGCACUCUUUACACUCAUCACUUCGAGAUCUUUCCUUUAGACCCUGGUGCCUUCUUUCAUCAGGAUACUCUGAUCGGCAGCGGCCGUCUCGCUCGAGCUCUCGGCUUGCAGAUGAGCUCUCAGCUCUCCCCACGAGACCGCACAUUCGUCCUUGGCGAGAAAGUGCUACAUUGGAGCUCCUGGACAUCGGAGGUCUCCUCGGAAUUCGGAAUACUCUUCGACUGGGUUCUGGAUCAGGCUGCCAAUGUUAGGGUCCUCACAUCUUUCCGAUCUCCGGCCGCAAACGGUCUGUAUUUUGCUUUGGACUUCAUGCAGGACUCUUUGGAUUUCUCCGCUCCCGAUACUUCAUUCUUCACGCGCUUCUGCGAUGUUUUGCAGACUUUCACACAGCAGAUAGAGUCUCUCCUGGCCCUUGAGCGCCCUGACCGAAGCACUUUCAUCGACAUUCUGAGCCUCUGUCUCGUCCUACUGUCGCAAGCGUUGUGCUCGGCACGAAGACUCGACUUGAUGGCAGUGGCAUACAGGGUCGAAGAUGUGCUUACCAAAUUGUCCAAAAUCACACUCCGGUGCCUGCUCGAAAGUGAACUGAGCGAGGUGCGUCAUCUAUAUGACAAGCUCCAGAGCUCGUCCUUCCGAGAAGUAGGCAUCCGCAACGAACAUGCGGCAGUCAUAGGCUGGGUAUGUGUCAUGCAUAUCUUGCAGAUGGCUCGGAUACCACGAUCUGGUUUUUGGGACAUACUAGGCAGCCUGAUGCUCGGUACCGAGAUGCAGUCAUCCUACGACUCCGUCAAGUUCGAGAAGAUUUGGCAAACAAUGUUCAUGCUCCUGCCACUCAGCGAGUUUGAUGGCAACGGUGUGCUUGUCGUAGGUCUCAGAAAAUCUUUGCCCUUUGAAGGCUGGGCGAUUCCACAAAAACUGCUUAGUCGGGUUUUCGCUAUCUACAAGGCCAAUCAACAACAAGCCGCGAGUUUCAAUGACUAUUGCCGGGCUAUCCUGGGACGAUGCCAUUAUCUCGCAGAGCAAUGGGGUUGGCGCCGGGCCAAUACCAUCGCCGGCGUCAUUUUCGACUUUUUCGCCUCCCAAGGGCUGGCGCACCUGCGACAUGAAGAGGCUUAUACGUCCCCGCAGUUUCUGGAAGAGCUGGCUACGUGUCCGUCACUCUCGGUCACAGCUAGUGAUCGCUGCUUUCACAUCUUCCUUAAGGUUGUGGCAUUGACAAUCAGGGGGUUCGUCGAGACAGGGUCAGUGAAGGACAUUCGCAACCUCGUGGCGAGAGUUAUGCCAAAUCAUGAUAGGCAGUUCAGCAAAGAGAUGGACAUGCACCAAAGCGAUCUGGCCGCCUUAAGAAACCAUCACGACUUGCUUUGCACAUUGUUCUGGGCAGCGCCGGUGGAUUGCCGACCAUCUGCCCAAAUGAUCGAGAGGCUUGUGCAGCCAGAAAGCUCCCAUAAAGAGGCUUGCCUUGUCAACUUGAGAUCUUGGAGCCAGCUCUCUCGAUUCGUCACAAAUGAACAUAGAGAUGCAUCGGCCUAUCGUCCUUUCGCGGCGUGGAUUCGCAACAUCACGCAACAGCUCAUGCAGCAAUACCGCUCCGCUGAGGACGACGCCAAGCAACAAUUUGCGACCAUGUCAACUGAAGCAUCAAGGAAUAUUAGUCAAGAUUUCCUGGACAUUGUCAUAAGCACGAACAAGAAGGCCGCGCUUGAAUCGCUUGGGGCGUCCAUGUCGACAGUUUUGAAUACGAUGCAACAUGUACCAAGCUUGAAUCUUGCAACGCUCGUUUUCAGCAAUUAUCCUCUUGAGCUUGUUUUCGCCGAAAUGCAAUGUCCCACAACCGACUCAGCCUGGCGCUGCUUGCACCUGGGCUUGGAUCUUGUCGAUUGCUACUUGUCCUUGAUCACGAAUUUCAGUUCUCCCUCAUAUGCAACGUCAAGCUCAAAUGAGCAAUGGCACACCGAGGAGGCCUUAGAGUUCCUCGAACGCGUUGUCGUGAAGUACUUUUUCCGAACGGCACGCUCGGCCUUAGCACAAGAUGUUUCCCAGUCUACGACAGCAACUCAAACUCAAUUGAACUGCCUGGAAAGGCUAGUUGCAGUUGGUGGUCGUUUAGGCGCUCGCCUCUGUCAAGCGCGCCUUGCCGACAUCUCGACCUUUUUCGGGUCGGGCCGCUUUAGCACAUUCCCUGGGCCUCAUGAGAGCAGUGCCAAAGAGUCCAGAAAGUACCUAAGUUUGUUCCUGGCAACGAUAAUCUCGAAUGAAAUCACGGAUUUCAAGGCUUUGAAACCAUCCAGCUCAAUGCUUGGGAUCCUGCUUCAUGCCAUUGUCAAGCCGUCCAAGUUCCUGCAGUACGAGAACCGACUUUCUGCAGCAAUACAGUCCACAGGAUCUCCAUACUUGCGGAGGAUCGUAGUGCGAGAUGAGCUGGUCCCUGGAUAUUCUUCUAACAGGGACUUAUUUUCAACCAUCACACAAAACAUGCGCAGAGCAUUGCAAGAUGCAGAGCCCAGCCGCCGCUUGGUCAUGAAGUCGGAUUUUGCCAUGAUUAUGAAAUCUGUCAUGGAACAGCUAAAGGCUGAUCUUAGACUGAUGACCCUAGACAGCCGACAGCAGCAUGCCUACAUCGAGUUUGUGCGCAUGAUUAUCAACCUCAUUCGAGCUCAGGACUUCUGCCCCGUGGACCAAUUCUUCUACCAGAUCAGUCCUGAAUUCACGCCGUCGAGCCAGGACCCUCGACUCCAAGCAGCGGGUAUACUGUCGUAUGGUUUAAAACUCGAGGAGAACGACCCGCGCGCAGCUCCAGGGCUGUUUUACCUGCUCCUAGCAAAUUUCAAGAUCGCUCUUGCCAACGGCAGAGUGGCCGAAGAGCGGUCUAUUGUACAGCAGGGUCUGGAUAACCUUUGCAUCUUUAGGUUCAUGCUGGGCCAUAUGCUGCCAGCUCUAGUGAUGACAGCAGCAAAGGCUGGCGAAGCGUGGAUCCUUCUGGAGACCUACGCUCAAGCUCUCUGUGAAUCUCUUUCGGCUCCCGCAAUACACCGCCACUUUGGCAAAGAGGACAUGCCGGCCGUCCUUGCCUUAUACACGGCGGCUCUCGAUGCAUUUCUGCAGAUGGCGAGGAUGGACAUCAGCGAUUUGAGAGGCGAGCAUCUACACAGUCUUACCAUGAUCUUCAUGGCGCUGAAUGCCUUUGGCCCCUCAGUCGUAGUUCAUUUCAUGAUGGAAGACAACGAGCUCGACAUUGAGCCGGAUGAGUCAUUGAGGUUGCGCAGCAUCAUUUCCUCGAUAUCAGGGUUUGUCACCUCGGCAGCCUCUCACCUUGAUGGUGUCAUCCGUGGAAGUCAUGAAGCCAACGGUGCAGACAAUAUGGCCAUCGUGCCUGACCAUCUCUUUGAAGGUCUAGACCUCUGGAACUCUGCCUUGCCACCAGGCACGGAAACUCAAGUCGACGACUUCUCUCGUCACGUAACCGACGAUAUCUCGCGCAACUGGGUCUCGACAGGCUCAACGAUGACUGUAAGAGGGCCGACGAGAUUGCAAGGCUUGACAAGCACGCAAAGUGGUCGUGGAAUAGCUGUGCCGCAAUGGGAUCGCAGUGAACUGGUAUCCGGGCUGGUGGAGCAGUUACAGGGAUGGAUUGCGAACUAUGGCGGAAGCUGUAGACCAGCCAAAGACUUCGAGAAGGAGCUGUGGUGGUAAUCCAAUAACACUACAUGCCGGAUGUGGUCUGGCACACCAAAUAGGACUGUUUGAACGUCUCGCAUGACCCGUGAAUUUUCAAGAAAGAAAGAAAAACCGCUAUGACAUGGGAUUUCAGCCUGACUGUAUUACGA